AUGGAUUCGAACAUCCACGUCGUGCAGCAAGUUUACAAUCAGAUGACUGCCUGGAGUUGGGAUUUGAACGAUUGGAUCAACUACUUGUCGUCGUUGAUCCCGAUGAGCACUCGAGUUCAGGACAACAUCGACUUUGGUGAUGGGGAAGUUACUCGGAAGAGCCUGAAGGAAUUCAAGGACAAGUUGAAAGAACACAAUCUUAAAGCUUCGAUUGAAUCGCUUGGCCGUCGAAUGGCCAGCUAUUUGCUUAUU